GACCACAAGCUGUAAGCAACUUCUGAAAAGGAUAUGAAGAAGAAGGAUGCAAAAAAAGCUAAUUGUUUUUUAACUGGAAAUAGCACAAGAAUGGAGACCUACAUCAUUUACAGAAGAAUAAUCUAAUAAUCAACUCUUCCAGCAAAGAAAUCCAGCAAUCGUUCCCGGCAAAGAAAAAAUAAGAGAAAAGUGGGAGCAAAAUCCUCAGAGCAAUAUAAUUUCCAAACUGAAAAGGAAAACACUGAAGAACAAAACAGCAAGUAAGAAGAAAGCAAACUGGAGUAUUUCACAAACGCUCUGCUCAGCUCAGGAAGAAAGAUGUCCAAGUCUUUUUCCCGAGUUGAUUGGCAUGGACCAGCUGGUUGGAAGAGCCCUAGCUUGAGAAAGGAAGUGCAUGGCAAUCGUUCAUGUAUGUUAAGAAUUGGAGAGAGACUAAUGAGGGCUGGUAGUGAAGGGAACCUGCUCGACAAACCCAUCAAAAUACACAAACAGAUUUUCUCAGAUGGAUCACAGCAAGGAUCAAAAGGGCAUGCACAACCGCCAGGCCUGCAGGACAAACCCAUGUGCACAGGAACUAACAUCAGCAAAGAUUUUGGAAUCUUGCCAUCCAACCUCUCUCACUCCACAAAUUUGACUGCCAGUAGCAGCGGCAUAGAACAUCUAACAAAGAAGAGGGAACACACUGACAUCAAUCUUUCCACAGUUGAUCCAGUUCUAUCCUCCCCAAAUACUUUACCUAGAAAUUUUACACUUGUUGGUGCCACCUGCAAAGAUGAGCAGCAGAACAGUCAAAAAAUACCAAAACUGGAUUUGGAAAAGAAAAAGGAUGUGUUCCUGAAACACCUCAAACAAAAAUAUCCUCACCAUGCUGAUGUCAUCAUAGGACAUGGAGAGAGUACGAAGAUGAGGAACCUCCUAUCUUCUAAAAGCCUCGACUGUUCAUUUGUUGAGAGUUUGGUGAAAGAACAAGAGCCUUGGGUUUUAGAGACCAUGUCUGACGGAGAGCUUCCCUCUACAUCAGUUACCUUCACACGAGGCUGUAAAGCCAGAGCAAGUCUACCUGCAGUACGAUCCAACUGUCAAACAAGAGACAAGCUACCAGGUGUGCUUCUCCUGCAGUAUGAGGGAGAGACAAAACAGGUCAUGAUUUCAACUGAAGUCAGCAGCCAUGACACCCUGCAGGCUCUGUUUGUCACUGCCUUUCCCCAUCAGCUCACCAUGCAGAUGCUGCAGCCUCCGAACAUGGCCAUAUGCAUCAAGGACACCAAGCGUAACAUGUACUAUGACCUGAAGGACCUCAGAGACAUAACACCAAAUUCCUGUCUGAAAGCAUAUCAUAAAGACCCUGUCCAUGUGUUCUGCCCCUCUGCCAGGUCUGCCAACUCUGAAGGAAUGCAGAUAUCUAAGGAGGUGUUGUAUGAAAGUCACAGUCCGAUCCACAGCAAGCAUUCAUCCGGUCGCAACACCCUGCACAGUUUGCAGGGAUCAAUGUCCCCGCCGAUAGUCCGCUCCAUGCCCUCCUCUCCUUCCAGACUGGCUUAUAGUGGAGGUGGCAUCCUCGGAAAAAAAGGAAUGGUAGACCCAGGGAGUACCACAAUACCACGUGAAUGUCAGCCUGGGCGACGGCGGUCCAGCACCGUCUUCUCCAGCAGUAGUGCCAUACUGGAGAGAAGAGAUGUAAAACCUGACGGAGACAUGAAUAAAAGCACAGCCUUGGUGCUGCGUGGAGAUGGAGGAUCACAUUACCCGGAGUACUACCGUUCAACCUCAGUGGAAGUUGGAAGAGGUCACCACAGUAUUUCCUCCUAUUGUAGCAGUCCUCCUAUGCUCACUGGAGGAAAAGCUGAGGUAGGGGUGCUUGGGAUCCCUGGUGGGCUGCAACAGUACCGAGCCUCCAUCAAACCCCUGACGAUCCAUGGGGACAGCCUUCAAAAUCAUAGCAAUUCUCUUCACAGGCAGAAGAACAGGAAGUAUGGAGACAGUCAGACUCAUCCAAUCAAAAGUCCGCCCCCCUCCUCUCUCAAAGGGAAUGAAGUCAGGAUGUUUAAUGGACAGGUGAUUGGAGGUGCAAGCCAAGUGUCUCUACAGAGUAUGUCACCGAGUCACCGCUCACUAGAACGCAACAGUAGUGGGCUCACAGUGGAUGUAAUAAACAGAAGAGGCUCAUCAUCCUCUAGCUCAGCAGUAUUUCUUGACAGUCCUCUGGGUCAACCUGAAACUGUUUUUCCGGCCCAUAUUUCUCCUUGUAAUGUCCAAAGUGAGAGAAUGAGAGCCAUGGAGGAGCAGAUAGCCAGUCUAGCAGGACUGGUGCACCACGCCCUGUCCAUGAAGUCAGAUGUUCUGGGACAAAAGGAGGUUAUCAGUCAGAGACCUGAAGACAAACUCCUCAGUAAUCGACUUGGUGAGAAGUUUUCAGAGGCAUUCUCUGACUCAAAGACCCCUGCUGCUCUGACUGAAAGCUUCAGCCCCACUCCUCUUGCCCUCGAGGUGUCCAGCUGUGAUGGUGGACUGCGACACAACUUGAUGUCUGUGAAGAGAAAUAUUUGUGAGCUGCGGCUGCAACUCAGCCAACUUAAGUGUUUACAGCUAUCCAACAUGGAGAGUGUGAGUUCAAUGCUGCGUAUGGCAGGUCCGGAGCUGGUGAUGUUGAUGUGUGAGAAGCUGGCCCAAUUUGAGGAUGUAGCACACAGACACAGAGCUGAGAUGGAUGAGGACAGAAUCCGCUACCUUUCCUCAGAGGAGAAAAUUCUCACACAGCUUAGUGAACUGGAGGACUUCGUGGAGAGCUUGGAAAGCUCCUCUUCUGUCCAUGGUCAGCCAUCCUUCACCCUCAGAGAUGUGGAGGAGGGAGCAGUUAGCCUGUGGAGGCUUGGAGAGGCUCUGGCUGUCCUCAAAGGAGAAUUCCCAGUGCUGCAGGCAAAAAUGCGCUCAGUGCUGAGGCUGGAAGUGGAAGCAGUGCGCUUCCUGAAAGAAGAACCUCACAUGAUGGACUCCAUGUUGAAAAGGGUCAAAGUGCUGACUGAAUCUUUUAGCUCUCUCCGCAGACUUGUGUCCAAUUCAGCACCCUCAGCAAGAUCCAUUCAAGUGGAGCCUCUGAAAGUACAUAACCAGGAAACACCAACGACUCAGACCGCACACAGUUCACCCAAACCACAGUCUCGGCACUCAGUCAAAGCACCCAGGAGCCAGGCUGAGGACAAUUCAGGAGCCUCAGGCUCCCCCAGCAGAAUGAAGAGCACAAUCACCUCCAAUCAACACAACAGCUCUCCACCGACUACCAGUAAUGGACUGGAUUUGAUCAGUGUAGUCAAGAAUACACACAGACCAACUCCAGAGGGCAGUAUGUGUGUAGACAUCAGGAGCAUAAACCAGUCCAGUACCACCAACGACCCCCAGCAGGAGAGUAAUGAUCCCAGUCAUAGCCAGUCAGUCCACCUUCAGGAGACACCAAACACUAAUAUAAAAUCUAUAGUGGAUGUGCCAGAGUGCACUGCCUCAGGAAUGAAGUCUCCCUCCGCAUUAACGCCACAGCAAAACACUCCUGUGGAAUUGAUACAUGGAGCAGAUAUUUCUGGAACCCAGAAAGACACAACUUUAAAGAAAAGUGUUGAUGUGAACUCCAGGGAGAGAAGAAGUUUAAACACAGAUGUUGCUGAUUCACCUCCAGCAGUUUGUCCACAAGCAGAGAGCAGCAGGAGGCCACAGGCGGAGAAACCCCGCUGCUCCACCAACAAGAGGCAGGCCAGCAAUUUGCCUCCACCCCCACAGAGGUCAGGAGAACCAGUCAUCAUCACCUCUAGAGAGACUGAUGGGAUUCAGGUUGCUAAAGAAAUAUCAAAGGAAAUCCAUCUGCCAAGUGGAAAUGAAAAGACACCUCCACCCGUUACCAAAAUGUGGCCCUCUGACAUGGCAAAAUAUGGACAGAGAUUUACUCCUCAGUUUGAACAUCCAAACGUCUCUUCUGUUAAAGCCCAGACUCCAGGUGUGGCGACAGCGCUUCACAGGGCUAAGAUGACAACAGGUUUAGCCAAGAUGAAGGUUCAGCAAGUGCCUUCCAUAAACUGCACCUCAGUGACGAAGGUGUGGACAGGGGAAAUGGAGCUGCAAACACUUCCACCCAAACACAAAGAAGAUAUUCUUGUUAUGAACGUCUCUGAUCAGUGCAAGGACGAAGCAGUUGGACAUAUAUUCUCCUCAGCUGUGGCUAAAAAGCUUGUAAUUCCUCUUAAAGAACAAAAUCAAAAUCCUAAACAGACAAAUGGGUUUGUCAAGAAACCUCUUGAUGAGAAGGCGAAUGGAAUGUUGGUUUCAUGUUUACAAAAUGAAAAUGUUCAUGAGGAGCGCCAGAUCCAGCUGCCGCCAAGGUCAGGGCCAAAGCAGCUCUGGAGUUCUGCUCACGAACAUAAAACUUCUCCAUCAGUCCCCAAACCUUUCUCCUGUUUGCCUGACGUCGCCGACAGGCCAAGCAGCACGCAGCAGGAACAAGACGCAGUUUUGGAAGGAUCCAGGGAUCAACCGGCAUGGAGAGAAGGAGGAAACCUGAGCUUCACAGCAACAGAUGACAGAGCAGCUCCUCUUUCUCCACAGACUCCAGAAUGUAUUCAUAGAAUCCCCCAUACACACAUUAGUUCACAGCCAGGUAAUAUGACAGACUCUGAAGGCUCUUACAUGGAUUAUAUUCACUGUGGUUUUCAAGAUAAUGAUGAAUCUGAUAAAGACUCUGUGAUAGUUUUCAUAGAGGAUACUGAGGACUUUUAUAUUCCUCUGUCUACAAUCCUUGAGUGUGAGGAAGAGGAUGAGGAGCUUAUGGCUACUAACAGGACUCUAAAGGAAGAACCAGAUCUGAAAUUAAAAUUUCCCACUGGACAUGAUUCUGACAUCUUAGGAAAUAUGAAGACUUCUCCUCAAUCUGCAUCAUUUUGUGACUCUGUUUCUCAACUCCAAGGCCAGGAUCAAACAAAUAUGAACAUGAAAACGUGCUCCAAAAAAAAGUUUAGUAUAAAUUUCCCAAAAAACAAACUGACCGCCCUCAGCCAAGUAAUCCGAAGAGGAAAAAAUAAGAAAGGGAAACAGUUUUCUAAAAUAGAUGCACAUGACAAAGAGCAGAAAGCAGGAACCAGACCAGUCAUAGAAAGCAAACAGACCAAUGAGGUGAGCAUGAGCCAACAAUUCCUACCAGACAACUCCUCUGACAGAGACAUCACUGCAGGUACAAGCCUCUCAAAGUUGUACCCUCGGGUGGAGGAGCUCCGCAAGAACACCUUAGAUUCAAUGAACAAUUUGGAGGAAUCCAUCAAGCAGCUGGAACUGGAACUCAGUGUGGAAAGCAUAAAUCCCUCAUCUGAUGACGGCGCUCAAUGUAAAAGAAGAGUGAAAGAAAACAACAGCAGCUCUCCCUCCAAAAGAGCAGCCAGUCAGACCGCGAAGAGUAAAAGAGUCAGACUGCAGCCUCUGCUCAGCCCAACCAGCCAACAGAGCUCCAACACAUCUACUGAGCAGCCCCACAACAAGCUACAGCACCCCCCCUGUGGGUCACCUGAGGGAAGAGCAGAAGUUCUGCAACAGCCCAACAAAAGCAGCUUGUGUUAGCAGGUUCUGCCUCUGCUGGAAGCCUGGCAGGUCUGAGCCGAGUGCUGGUGUGUGUGCUGCAUGGGACCGUGGUGGAUCUUUAAACAUUGCUUUAUGGAAAGUUCUGGGAAACACCUGUUUACCUUUCACACCCUCACCGCUCAGACCAUACCUCUUUCUCUGGUGCUUCUUCACAUUUGUUUUUUCCACUUUUUAUAAUGGGAAUCUCCCCUUUCAGCCUCUUCCUUCUCUUCCAGGAGUCUCACACUCCUUCCUCUUCCCAGACAUCCAGGAAGCUUUUUCUUUUUCUCAUCAUCUUCCUCAUCAGUUUCUCCAGCAAACUUCCCACCUUGCUUCCUUAGCUUUUUGUCUCCAUAGUGUAAUGAUAAGCUGUCUGACUCUGUAUCAUGUGCUUCUAGCAACAUGCUGUCUCAUCCUCAUGCUAACACUAGAAGAGGCCUGUAAGCAGCAAGAGCUAUCACUGAAUCUCUACAGCUACCACUGUGUUCUACUCAUCCCUCCCCACUGCCUUCUUCUUCUCCACCACAUGAUGGACUCCUGAAAUAACAGAUGGAUCUGAAAAUGGGAGUACAGUUCGACCAUCUGGACUCCAAAAAUAAAACAAGACAACCAAUGAUCACACCAUAUUCCUACAGCAAUAUUGUGUGUGUGGUUGUGUGUGCGUGUGUGUACGCGUGCGUGUGUGUGUGUGUAUGUGUGACUGGACUGCACCUCGUCACUCCAAGCCAAAAAUAUGUCUUAUCUGUGUAAGCUAUAUUUAUUAUCAAAUAUAUUUUAGUAAAGUAAUUAUAGACGGUUGUAAGAUAGUAUUUAUUAAUAGACACUGUUGAUUAUGUAAAAUUGAAUAAUUUGCAGGUCAUAUGUGAAAAAAAAAAAACAGAAUCAAUGUAGAGUUCUUGCUAUUAGGUUUAGAACAGUUUGAAGUUUUAGCUGCUCAGGAGAAAGUGACCCAGAGGCUGAAAGGUUGAGGACAGAACAGAUCAUGCAGCUGCAGCAGAGAGACUGCUGGACAUAAAUAUUGAUCUAGUAAGUCUUCAGAGUCAUGGAGGAUGGUGAUGCUGUGGGCAGGAAGCAUCUCCUGUUGUGAUCAGUACUACAGUGGCUGUGAAGAAGCUUCUGACUGAAGAUGCUGUUGGAUACUUAGAGCUGUGUAAAAUGUUUCUUAUUUGAUGAAGAAUCCUUCUUUGCGUCAUCAUCAUCAUCUCAAGUCCAAAGAGACUCUUGUAUGUCUGAAGCUGGAAGUUGCUCAUCCCUGAUCUAACUCCAAAUUUUCUAAUUUUGCAUUCUAAAAUAUGGAAUGCAAUUUUAUUUACGUCACCACAAUCCACAGUCUACUGCCUGAAUUCAUCAGUCAUUGCAUCCUGGAACUUAAAUUUCUUUUCUUGUUUUAUUCUUCUGGAACACCCAAACACAUAUGCAAUACGAAUACAAUAUUAGUAUCUCACAUAAGCUACAGGAUAUUCCACAUUUUUAAAACCAGAAAUAUAAUUCAGUUUAAGCUGUGAUCUGCUUAAACAGAUUUAGCAAUAUGAGCAAUAUCACUGGCUUAGGCUGACCCAAUAAACACUUCCUCUACUUUAGGCAUACUGAAAUAUUUUUCAAGUGUAAUAUUAAGUCACAAACUUGAUAUUUCAAUUGAGCUAUAACAUUUAUAGUUCAUGGUUUCAGUUGGUUUGAAGAACAGGAAUUGGAACAAAGAACAUGGAAAUACUCUACAUAAGAAUCUAAAAUGUCAACUAAAGGCAUGUUUUUGCAUGGAGAACUUGUACGCCAUCUUAUCAGAUCUGACUUGAGGUCAGUCUGUUUUUGUUUUGUAAAAGAGCAAUGUCAACUCCUCUGUUCUGUUUCUUAUAUAAAAUCUGAACAUUUGUAAAACACAUUGAGCAGAAAUGCUUGUAUUUCCUGUAUUUAUUUGUGUGUAUUGUUCAUAUAAAAAUGUUUCCUGAUUUAGUUGUUUUUAAGCCAUAACCUUGUAUCUGAGUCUGUCUCUUGCAACUAUUAAAUGAUUUCUUGCAUGGCAA